AUGGCGGAAGAAGAGACUUUGGCAAAGGACGUUUCUUCUGGACAUGAAGAGACGCAAAAGGCUGAAAGCUCCGGGAAAAUCCCGGAUUUCCAUGAGCUAUCCAUGGACAAACUCUCGUUCUGGAAGGAAGUUUCGCAGAACAAAAUCACCGUAAAGCUACUGGACGAAAAAACGUCAACCAAUCGUAUCUACAAGGUGGAUAUCUGGGAUGAAUCUGGCUCAUACGUCCUAAAGACUCUUCUGGUAAAGAAAUUUACAAUCCUCGGCUCCACCAUCGACGACGGGAAUACACAAAUCCAGGUGUUUGAAACGCUCGGAGAACACGGUCUAGGCGCCAGAGUAGUCUACCGAUCAGACGAUACGCUCAUUAAAGACUUCAUUGAGGGGUCAUGUCUGGAAAACGACUCCUUUAUGUACCUUCCUACGUUGGUUUCCUUGGCGUCUUCACUCGCCAAGUUCCACAAGUUCGCAACUGGUGUAGCUUCUCCCAACUGGGAUAGGACACCCAGACUCUUCAAGAAUAUUGAAGCUUGGAUUCCACGUGCCAGAGAGGUCGUCAAGGAGUAUGACAACUAUAUAGACAUUGAAAAGCUCAUUGGGUAUUUCGGCGACAUGCGUGCUAUUCUUGAAAAGCACUUUAAGGAGUCACCGGCAUUUACGAAUAACGUUAGGUUCUGCCACAAUGAUCUCUACUGCAAAAAUAUACUGGAGACGACUUCCGGAAUCCGUUUGAUUGACUACGACUACUCCGGGUUCAACUAUGUCGGCUUUGAUGUUUCACAGAUUUUUAACCAGGUACACAUCUUCUUCGACCCAAAUGACCCCAAGAAGUUCAUGGAGUAUACGACGCUAGAUCUGCCACUCGAAAUGAAGAGGUUCUUUGUGAGUGUCUAUCUCUCAGAGGCGCUUGAAAGGAACGUCAUGCUGACUGACAAACUUGUUGAUGAGUUCCUGGCCUCUCUGAGGAUCCAUACACUUGGUCUGGGGGUAUUCUGGUCUUUUGCAGGUAUAAUACUCCUAGGAACAUCAAAACAAACGCCAGUUCUUCCUCCAGAAUUUCUCAUGCGUUAUAGCCACGUCUUCUGUGGUCUAUACGAAAAGACACUACAGGAACUCAAAGACCUUGGAGUUGUAAAUUGA